UGCAAGAUUCUGAAGAACAAAUUUGGAAAAUUUCGGAACCUUUUGGUUGAAGAAACGAGUCUCAGAAAUUCAUACCUAAAGGGAACCAAGUCAGAAGUCAUAGAUACCAAAAUUUAUUAGUGUAGUUAAGAAGAAGAGAUGGCGUUAUCGUUUUUGGUAUUUCCUGCAAGUUGCAAAAGUUUUGUUGGAGCUCAACUAAAAAAAGCUGUUCGCGUUGGACGGUUUUUGGGAAACGGAAAUGGCCCUCGCUUUCCUGCUUACUUGCGACCACACGUACAGUGCAGUAUAUUUUCCUUGAACUUGUCUUUCCCCAAACUUUUUCUUUUUAGCUUUGACUUUCCUGCUAUUGGUGGACCGACAGUCACAAGAGAAUUGGGGGGUAAAAAGUUAAAGAUGCCUCUUGUCGAAGCAAAUGCUGGGAAGGACGCAAAUGUUGUAGUUUCUUCCUGUGAAAAGACGUUCAUUAUCGAAAAGAGUGCACUUAUUGCAGAGUGGUUACAGGACACUGAGAAAAUUCUUUUAACAGAAGGGGAGAGAAAUCUAGUACUAGAAAGACACAGAGAAGGAGUUUUGCAUAAUGGAACAGAUUGGUGUCUUGAGUCUUCCACGAGACAAGAAGAGUCUUCUGUUCCUAUAAAGUGGUCGAGUGUGCUUAUCGUUUCGUUUGGGAAAGGAAACAGAUUGCUUCUUGGCUUUUUGCAUGUUGUUGCAACUGUGGUGGUUUUCUUUGUUUCAAAUGUGUUUCAGUUGAGCAAGAUAGCAUACACUUUUGUAUGCAGAGUAGGUGACGGUAUAUAUUCGGUGUCUCUAAAGCUAUCAAGCCAUGGAAACUCAACAAAUUUUGAAAGUUAAUACCGUUUGACCAGCGACAUUGCGUUGAAAAUAUUAAGAAAAGGCUUAAUAAGUUU